UCGAGGCUCUCCUUCCCGGCUCCCCUGCAGCAAGCCGCAGUCUUCUCCACCAGGAGGAGCACUUGCUGCCGCCUCCCGCCCGCCAGCGCGCGCCCGAGCAGCGCUCUGGGUCCAAUCAGAAGGCGGGGCGCGGAGCGCAGCGCGAGUCCUCGGCCUGGGCCGCCGCGGAGCCUCGGCCGUGUGACGCCGGCGUGUCGCGUAGGCCGCAUUCUGAUUCCGAACCAUCUCGGUUCCCCGCGGAGCCGCGGUCGUUCCCGCGCGGGACGGCACCAUGCUGCCCGGCGGCUGCGCCCUAGGCCCCGCCCUGGCCUUAGCCUUCACCGUGGCGCGCGGCCCCACGCUCCGCCGCCUGGCGGGCCCUCGCGCGGCCGCGCCCCGACGCCCGCUGGCCAGCGCGGCCUCCUCGGGAGACGCCACCGCCGGGCCGCCCGGAGUCCGCCAGAACUUCCACCCCGACUCCGAGGCCGCCAUCAACCAGCAGAUCAACCUGGAGCUGCACGCGUCACACGUGUACCUGUCCAUGGCCUGUUACUUCUCCCGGCACGACGUGGCGCUGCACAACUUCGCCGGCUACUUCCGGCGCCAGUCCCUGGAGGAGCGCGCGCACGCCGAGACCCUGGCGCGGCUGCAGAACCAACGCGGUGGCCGCGUGCGCCUGCAGGACGUGCGCAAGCCCGAGCGCGACGACUGGGGCAGCGGCCUCCUGGCCCUGCAGUGCGCGCUCGCCCUGGAGAAGCGCGUGAACCAGUCGCUGCUGGACUUACACACCCUGGCCUCCGACAGAAAGGACCCCCACUUGUGCGACUUUCUGGAAACCCAUUUCCUAAAUGAGCAGGUGAAGUCUAUCAAAGAACUGGGUGAUUAUGUGCACAAUUUAGUCGCCAUGGGGUCGCCGGAUUCAGGCCUAGCAGAGUAUCUUUUUGACAAACAUACUCUUGGAAAUGUAAAUAAGCAGAACUAAGCCACAGAUUGCCUUCCCCACAGCUCAGUGGUGUCAAGACCCGGAGUCAGGUAUCUCCAACUUCUUGCCCUUAAGAUUCAUCUCCCUCUCCACAUUCUUUUCCUGUUAUAGUUGUCGUCGAAUAAAGUAGUAUUUAGAGAAACCACACUGAGCCCAUGUUAACAAUGACUUUCCAGCUACUUAUCUUUUCCCAGGCUGAAAGAUAGCUCGGGAUACAACAGUAAUGUAAAAAAGGUACUCAGAUAUUACCGAAUACUACCGGUUACCAAAUAUUAUUCCUAACUGUGAACACACACUAAAAUCCAUGAGUUUUUAGUUCAACCUGUGCCUGCUAUCUCCAGGAUGGUAAAGUAACAGAGCAUGCAUAAGUAACCAUAAAACAAAGGCUACUAUCAGACAAAUAAGAUAUCCCAAAUAAGAUGUCCCAAAAUUCUAUGACAACCUUUACUUUUCCCAGUGAGUCCAAAGAAAUAGCUGAGUCUAGAAAUGAUCUAUUUUUUUAAACACAUCACAAACAAAUUUGGGUUGUUUUACUGGGUAUCAGUGCUGGCCUUGAGGACUUAGCAAACACAUGCAGUCACAGUUUUUGUGUUUAAAAAAAGAAGGCAAUAAAGCAAGCCUGUUUGGUUUCAGACUAUA